UAAGCAAAGCACGUGUUGUCAUAUGGUUUAAUUUCUUGUUUAUCAAACACAAUUCUUAAUUCAAAAGCAAAAUAAAUAAAUAGAUCUGAAAACCUAUUCAUAUUAUAAAACACACGUGCGUGCAAGCAUUAAGAAAUUCAAAUCUGCCUACAAAUUUUCGCUUAAAAUAAAAUAUAUCUAUUUUCAAAUGGACAUUCCUAUGAUUGCUACUGAGAAUUGUAAUAAAUCUCCUGAUUCCUCAACAAAUGUGGACUCUAGUUCAUUUUCGAAUUGUGAUGCUGAAGGUGCACCAGAGCAAAUGGUAAAUGAUGUUAUUGUAAAAGAAGUGCCUACAUUAGAUUUACCAUUAGAAAGAGACCAUGAAAUUGUUUCCAACAAAGCCGUUGUUAUAGAACAACAAAUUCUGGAGACACCACUUCAAAAAGAAAAUUCCAAUAAAAGUGAAUUAAUAUUUUCUUCCAACGAUGUUUUAAACGACGCGCCAAUUGAAGGAACUUCGAACAUGCGGGUUGAACCACAACAUAUUGAAAACAAUGUUGAAACAUUGAAUGAAAAGUCUCCUAAUCACAAACUAACAACCGAUGUUCACAUCCACACAAGUGCCCUAGAGUACUCUGCUGGAGAAACUACACCAAAUUUACCAUUAGAAAGCGACCAUGAAAUUGUUUCCAACAAAGCUGUCGUUAUAGAACAAAAAAUUCUCGUGACACCACUUCAGAAAGAAAAUUCCAACGAAAGUGAAUUAAAAGUUUCUUCCAACGAUGUAAAUGGAGAGCCAAUUGGAGAACAAAUAAUUGAAGGGUCUUCGAACAUGCAGGUUGAAGAACAACAUAUUGAAAGCAAUGUUGAAACAUUGAAUGAUGAGACUCCUACUCACAAACUAACAACUGAUAUACACAUGCAUUCAAGUGCUGCAGAGAAUACUGCUGGAGAUACUACAACAACAGAUGUACAGUCUGAUGCAUUUCCGAAAGCAAUGCCUUCUGCAGUUAAAUCCGAAAUGGAACAGGACUGCAAACAAUCAUCGUCUUUAGCUCUCUUAGCUCAAUACGACACGGAUGACGAAUCAGACGAUGACGUUCGUGAAGUUCCACUUGCGCAAUCAUAUCAAAAUCGCUGCGUGGAAAUUGAUUCAGAUUCGUCGACGUCGGAGGUUGAGUUUCUUAGCGAGGUCCGCAAUUCGAUUAAUUUAGAUAGGAUCAAUGUCGAUAUUGAAGGUGAAGAUGACGACGAAGAAGAAGAUGGAAAUAUUCGAAACAAACGCCAACCAAAGGUUAAAGGUGAACUUGAUUUAGAAGACUUGCCACCUAUUGAAGACUUGCACAUAACUGUUCCGGAAGAAGAGUGUAUAGAACUCGGUAAGAUACAAUCUAUUGUUGAUCAACUUGUAUUGGUAAAUGCAUUACCUGGAACUGUUCCCUUGGAUUUGGAAACAGUAUUGUUUAGAGACAAAGGCAAUUCCGUCCUGGGUGAAGUCUUUGAUGUUCUCGGACAAGUUUCGGAUCCUUUGUAUUGCGUGCGAUUUAAUUCCAAUAAGGAAAUUAAUGAAAAGGGAAUUGAGGUUGGCCAAAUUGUAUAUGUAGCCCCGAGGACCGAACACACUCAAUUCGUUGUUCUAGCAAACCUAAUGAAAGUCCGGGGGUCUGAUGCUAGUUGGGAAAACGACGUUGAACCACCCCCAAGAUUUAUAGAUUACUCAGACGACGAAGAAGAGCGUUCUGCUAGAAGACCUAAUAGAAAGAGGCAAUCUUCUGGAAGUGUGACAUAUGCUGGUAGGGGCUCAUACACUCCAAGACGACCGUAUAGAGGUAAUUAUAGUGGGCGCGGUGGAGUAAGACAACCCGAACCCCAAGGAAAUUAUAAUAUUGUUGGGAACAGUUGGCAUUCAAAUUAUUAUCAAGCACCAACUUUAAAUCAACCACAAUACCGAAUGCCUGGUAAUUUCCCUGGUGGAUAUUCGAUGCCAACUCACAACACUGCACCAUAUCAACAACACACACCAAUGAAUCCUGGGUUAGUAAUAAAUCCCUACGCCGUAUAUCCACCCCCUCAACCAAUGCAACAGUCUUUCUUUCCACCACCUCAUCAUCACCAACCUCCGCCGCAGUAAUAUUUUCUUAUGUAUUUUAUUAGUAAAAAUAAAUAUAUUUAAUAAAUUACAAAUUAAUCAAUACAAAUUUGUACUUGAAAAAUGUUUAUUUUACAACAAAAAUAAACACGAGCUUAAUGUA